AUAAAAGGAAAAAUAAAGCCAGAAAAAGGAAGAUUUUUCCGAAUACUGGUGAAUAAAAAUAUAUUACACCCCCCGGAAAACAUUCAGUUCCGGUUUUCAAGGCAGUUGAAUUUUCUCGUGCGAUCAAAAAAUGGACGACGAAACGGAGGGAACUCAGACUAUUCAAAAUGAGAACGCUUUUAAUGAUCAGAUGCCGUUGUAUCCUGAUAAUUAUGAUGUGAAAAGAACGGUUAGUUUGACUUUUGCUUUUUAUGAGCCUAUUACUUUAUCUCUUCCUGCAAAUUGUCGAUGCAAUUUUGCAGAAUAGAAAAUAAAUUGCAUUGGCAUAACUGCCCUUCCCCCCUUUGAUAAGAUUUGAUGGCUUUUUGUUUAUCGUUGAUCUUUUGACCAUGAAGUGCAUUUAGUUGUUUUGAAAAUUGUCAAAUUAUUGAAGGCGUGGUUUUUGUUCUUUAUACAUACUGAAUACCUCAACAAAUGAUGACAUUAUCUUUUCCAUAUACUUCCAAUAAAAGAAUAAUUUAUACCCACAAGUUAGAGCUCGACAACUGACUGUCUGUAGCUCAGUUGGUUAGAGCGCUGCAUCGGAUUGCAGGGCCGUAGGUUCAAGUCCUGCCAGAGGGCCAGGGUGCAUUCCAUGCACGUUUUGUGGAAGAUCUUCGGUACAUGUGUUUUGGAUUGCUGGUGCACAAUCACAUCAAGGUUGGCGCACACGUUUUGGUGCUUGGUGCAGCAUCAAAAUUCAAGCGAGGCCUAGAGUAUUAAUGGGUCGUUCCAGAAAAGAUCCAUACUCCCCACGGAGCAAAUUUCUACCGUCCAGAGGGGGAGGGGAGAAAAAAUUGUUUCUGAUAAUAGUAAAUGUAUUAGGACAUCCAAAGGGGGUAGGGGGGUUAAUUUCCUCCGUGGGGGUUGGUAUGGAUGUUUUCUGGAAUGACCCAAUAAUCGCCUGGUGAUUGAAUAUUGGCCUCUAUAAUUCUUUAGGGAGUCGAGAAACUUGUGUGCCUGGUUGUAAGCUAAAUGGUGGUUAUAAUUUGUGAUACAACAGUUAGUAACAACACUCAUCAUUGCUCAUCAGCAAAGUCAGUUACAUGCCUUUCUAGCAAGUUUAAAUUUAAAGUGGAAGUCAAGUCAGUAAGGCCCGUUUUAUACAUCGAAUUUCAGUCGCGUCGAAUGCAAUUCAAAAAAUAGAUAAUGAAGCUUAAUGAGGUUUAUCAUCUCAUUAUCUAUUGUCUUAAUUGCAUUCGACACGACCAAAAUUCGACGUAUAAAACAGGCCUAAUGUAAACAAACGGUUUGUUUACAUUUUGAACUGCUGUAUUUUUUGAAAUAUGAUGUACUGUCUGAAUAUCUAACACCAUUUUGGUUCGCUAUGCUUCUAAAUGAAUAUGAAAUAGAGUUUAUGUUCAGAAAAAUUUGAAACAUUCGAAAUUUGGGCAAUGUUCACAUUAGAGGGUCCUCACAUUGUUAUGAGCAGAACCGAUGUGCAGAACGGACUUGACUUCCACUUUAACUACAUUUUACUAACUAAUGAAACCUGUGCCUGCGAUCAGCCAACGCACAAAUUGACCUCACUUGGCGUGCGGCAAGACUACCUUGAGAUUAUCUUCGGCAUGAGGUUUACAUGGAAUGCACCCUGGCCGGAGGGCCUAAUGCAUUUUUUGCAGCUACUCCUGGUCGCUAGUCUAAUAAAUAUGUAAAAAUCCACAAAAUUAUUAAGCCAAUGAAAAUUUUAUUUUUAGAGACUAAAGAAGAUAAUAUUUUUUGGAAUUGUGGGAUUAAUGGUUGCAGUAAGUUACAGAUACCUUUAUUAUUAUACAGUACGUAGUGUUGUGUGCCAGAAGCCGGAGUUCUACCAGAGCUCUGGCAUUUUUAAUUUGGUCAGCCCUCCUGAGCAUAAAUUGUUUUUUGUUUUGAUUUUCUUUAGAUAACCAUCAUCAUAUCAUUUAGCCGAGGAGUUUCCAAACAUGUUUCGUAUGUCCUGUUAGGAUUCAGUAUUCUUUGUGAGUAAAAUUAGGAUUCUGACUGAUAUUUGUACUGUUAAGGCGAAAAAGUAAUUACCUGGGUUUCCUGCAGAGGCCGCGGAAACAUUUCGAAAGUGGAGGGCGUUGGACAAAAGGGGCACCUUUGUAUAUGACCAAAAUCAAACAAUUUUAUGUCGUUCACGAGCCAAACAAAUUUUUUUUGAAAAUAUGGAGUCACUAUGAUGUUAUAAAUGGCCUUUACUACCGUACUGCAAAAAGGGUACUUUCUUUCCAGCAAAAGAGGGCGUUCGUUCGAGAAAAUUUUUUCAAUUUCUCUAAAUGGGGCACUUUAGCCCAGAGAAAAGGACACAUUUUUCACUUUUAAAAAAAGUGUUGGCUCACCGGGCACAUGCCCUCAUUACCCCUAGAUGGUUCUGCAACUCCUGGUUGCAAAAACUUACGUAGGAUUGGUCGGGUUUAUAAAUUAAUGCUCAUGCAUGAGAGUGAUAUUCUAUACGUAGAAACAGUUGCAUGAAUAAAUCUGGUCUUUUCAACCAAAUAUUAUUAAUAUAUGAUUGACCAAAUUUAGUUUAAAUGAACUUGCAUACCUAUAUAUAUCAUUAGUUUUUUCAAUGAGAAUUUUUAUUUGUAAACCAGUGACACUAUUUUUUUUCAUGUCACUCAUCACCUAAAGGGGCAAUAUCUCCAUAUAUUUAUAUAAAAACCAAAAAAAAAAUUAUUUACUAAAUUAGUACAUAUCUAUAUUAUAACCAAUUUUCAUCUAUUGGGAUAUGAAUUAGAAAAUGAUCAAAAAUUAUAAAAAAUACUCCUUUGCUCUUUUGGGCAAGAUGUUUACAACAUGAAAUUUAGAACAGUAACUAAGUGUUAAAAUUCAACAAAGUGUGCAAGCCAAAACACAGUGCUUGUACAUCUUUGGAGUUUUUAAUUACCUCAAAUAUAUUUAAAAGGACAUACGGUACUAGAAUCUAUUUGUUUUCAAUAUAAACCAACGAUGGGAAGGUGAGAAAAUAGGAAUUUUCUGAGGUGUUUUUAACACAGACAAUGACAGCCGACAUUUUCAAAGGCAAAUUGCGGUGACAAAACCAAAAGUUAUUCACUUCUCUACUCAAAGCACUGAAAAACACCAUAAAGAGAAAAACAUUUUAAACAUACAUCAGGUAAGCCUUUUAGCUCAAUUUUCUCAUAUUUCUGUUUGGAAAGAAACGGUUUUUAGCCAAAAUUAUUUUGCGCGCCAAUGUAGGCUGCUAUAAAAUGUCAGACACGCGUUCUCUUUUGAAGUCUGGCUCUGAAAAACAAUCGCUUUUUUUAGUUUGAAAUAAGCUUUCAUUAGGACUAAUUGUGUAGAAAUGUUAUCUGUAUGCUCAAAUGAAAAAGAUAACCUAAUAUUCAGGUAUUCAACAUAGCUAUAAAAGGGUGAAAUAAGGACUUUCAUCUUUGGUUGUUUGUCAGACAUGAGAAACCACAUUAGUGCCAUUUUGUCGCGCGUGCUAUUUUAUAAAAUAAACACCUCAAAAGUCAAAACCAUAAACUUUUAGUUCAGAAAACUACAAAGUUUCCCAUAGACAUUAUUAAAAAUGUUCUAGUGAAACGAUUUCAUGAUAAAUAAGCGAGCAAUGGGCUCGAAAGGACGGUUAAAUUAUGUUUUUGUUGGGACUUCAGUUUCAUGGCUUCCCGCAAAGGAAGCCAUUUCAGAGAGAAGCGACAACAACGGCAAACAACCGUCGCGACCAAAUUUUGAUAACUUUUCCUUCUGAUUCAACAUGUAGUUACUAGCAAAUGAGGUUGGAUCAACAUUACUAUCUGCCUUAUCGAUUUAAAGUUUUAUGGGGAUAUAAAACCCAAUACAAAAAGCAUUUUAAAAGCUUUAGAACUCAAGUGCGGACUUUUUGAGAAUUCGCACGCGGCAAGCAAGCGCAUUAAUUCAUUACACUUAUUUCAAACCACAAUAUGCCUGAAACGAGUUGUCAUUUUAAGACUAAAUUGAUGAAAAUAGAUAUAACAGUGAUUUUGGAGUACCCUACUUACUUAGUGUAAUUUAAUACUCGAAGUAUUCUUGCCAAAUAGGGCACGUACGCACACAGUAAUUUAAUCUGGUGUCGUUUGAAACAUACUUUAGCUAAAAUAACAACUUGAACAAGAAGACCAACAAUGGGGUUACGAAAACAGUCGAAAUUGUGCCCAAAUUUGCAUAAACAGUUCGUCUAAAAAGAUAACUUUAAACUAGAUUCAACGAACAUUAAUGCAGUCGAAUUUUGUGAGUGUUUGAUCGCAUAUUUCUACUCAAAAAUACCCUUUAAAAAAUCGUAUCUGCUCACUUGUGUUCCGUGUUCAUCUUUCUUGUGAUUUCCGACUUCUAUUUUUAAUAAAGUUUGGAGAAAUCCUCAUCUUUUUGGCUGAAAAUCUCGCGCAUGGUUCACAGAAAAACUUGGCCCCAAAACGUCAAUACAUUCGCUUUCCUUUCAUGCCAAAUUUUCGUUGUAGUUGAUUCAGAAACCUCUUCUUUUCUUGCUUUUAAAACUUGCUGUAAAAUCUUUCUUUGUAACAGAAUCGCCAUUAUUCAUUAUUUUUGGAAAACUAAGAUUUUAAACUUGAAAAACUUUGCGAGUUUCUGACCGAUUUUCUUGCAUGAUACACCGUUGAAAAGCUCGAAUUUCACGUUCUAUUUUCGUAUCCGUUGCUAGGCAACCCAAUAAACACGUGCUCAAAUAUCAUGCCCGCAAGUUAAGGUGUCAUGCCAGGGCGCAUUCGGGCGCAUUGUCCGUUACCCACUUGUCAAUCUCAGGGCGCAUACGGGCGCAUUGGGCGUUAAUGAGUUAAAUAAAUAUCAACUUUGAAAGAAACAGGUUAUACUUUAUACAGCUAGUACAAAACAAAUGCUACAAACUUAUUCUACUCAUGAAUGUUUAUAUAGAACUGUAAUUUCAUUGAACUUUUUAUCUGUAGUAUAUAUGUUUUAUAUAGAGUAGAUAUUAUUUGUAAAGUUACACGUCUGAUGUAACUAUUCUCUUUUCAUAUUAAUUUAAUAAAGACCUUACAUACAUACUUUACAUACAGCUUGAUGGUUAAUUAAUUGUUUCAUAAAACUUCCAAUUUUUUUAAUUUGUAGGCAUAACAUUGGUGGAAUGUGCUCUAGUAAGUACACUACAGUACUUGUAAUGGUACAUUUAGUAAUGUUAGCCCAUUAAGCAUCAGCACUCUCCCCUUGAGUAAAAUUAUCUAGCGUUAGACAGAGUAAAAUCAGACCUGCCAAGGUUCCUGCAUUUUGCGUGAACGUUACGCAUUCUGCUUUAUUUGUAAUUCUGUCCCGCACACAUAAUGAUCUUAAAAUUACGCAUUUUACCAUUGUAUCACGCUAUCCCACUUUUCAUGGCAUGCAACCUUACCUGGAAUAAUAUAAUUAUUAUAUAGAGAAUAAUACAUGGGUGUGCAGAAAUACCAGAUUUAUUUUGAGUGUUCAACAUGAUAUCUCACGAGUCGCAGUGAACGAGUGAGAUAUCAUGUUCAACAUGAGAAAUAAAUCUGGUAUAUCCAAGCACCCAUGUAUUUUUCUGUUUAUUAUAUAAAGGACAUUCUUUGAAAAGUGAUAAUUUUUACAGAAAAGCGAUAAUUGAAAAGCGAUAAUUUUCACAUGUGAGAUUAUCAUAAAUAAUCUCACAUGUGAGAUUAUCAAUUUUAUCAGUGCUCGAAAUCUCUAUAAAAGCACUAUACUUUAUAUUAAUAAUAAUAAUAAAAUACAAUAACUCAUUGACAACGCUAUGUGCAAAAGUUUUGAAAACGUCUAAAUUGUAAAACUAUGAAAUCUCACCAUUUGCUAUUGAUAUUCUAAAUAUCAGAGCUGCCAAGUUUUCCGAAAAUAAAACGUCCGAAAAAAUGUUUCCAAUUUUUUCAGAAAAUUCCUUAAUAUUUAACAUGUUCCGCAAUCCCAGCAUUCCAGGGUCCCCUCUGGGCAAGUUGGGCUAACUUUGUUUACUUUUCUUUGGGGGUGCAGACCCUCCCCCCCGCAGUAGUUCCGGCCCUGUCAAAGGGUGGGAUGCAGGGGCAAAUAGUCAGAUUAAUAUUCAUAAUAUACUGUAGUAUUAAUGAUAUUAAAAUAAUAUCAAAAAAUGCCCCAACCUACUCCAAACGGAAAUGCAAAGGGGGGACCAUGUGCAGCAACCCUAGGGUCAACAAAGGGGGACCACAGGAAAUUUUCAAAAAUUAAAAAAAUGCCUCAACCUUACUCCAAACUUUCAGAAAAUUGUCGAAAAUUUUUUUAUCAAAAUAAUUACUUUCAACUGAUAUAAAAAACAUGUGUUGAAAAAUGGUGCUCAAAUGCAAAAGGGGGACCACAGGAAAUUUUUCAAAGAUUAAAAAAGUGUCUCAACCUACAGGUAGGCUAAACCUAAAUUCAACAUCUGAAGAACCGUAAAACUUUAAUACUGUUUAAGAGACCCAAAAUUCAAAGGCUUUCGAACCCCGCUACAAGUGUGUUGUUGUGAAAUGUGGACACUCUCUUUCAGAAUCAUGGUUAACAGCCAGUCCAAUUACACAGCCUGUUCAAAUGAAGCGGACAACGUUGGAACGUGUUGGCUUCGUUUGAACAGGGUUUUACUAUAUACUUCAAGCUGACAGUUGCUGCAAAAAUUAAUUUUUUAGUGGUGGCUGCACAGAGUAGGACAACUUGAUUCAGAGAAAGAAUGGUUCAUUUAUUUUGUUGGAGUUUGUAUCAUCAUCGAGUCCAUAUUUACAGAUGUUUUGUUAUUCGACUAAUUUUUUUACCGUACAAGUGACUGAAUUUCUGUCUUUGGAAAUUAAUAACACAGUUCAAUUGAAGAUCGUUCAUGUUUGCAGACAUUAUCCCUCGAAAACAAAGUUUAUAAUGUUUUGUUAAUUAAUCAACAAAUCCACGAUUUUUCAUCAGAGUGAAGAAGAUUGCUUUAGGCCCAUUUCAUACAUUAUGCUUCGCAUGCAUCAAACUUAAUACAUUCUUCCAGAAAGUAUGUCACCUCGGCCAUAUACUGUAAUCUUGUUUUUGUGCAUGAUUGAGACGCCAGACAGGAAAAAAUAGGAAAAAAACACUCUAUAGCUCAAGUGACAUACUUUCCAGAAGGGUGUAUAAUAUGAAAUAAGAAUUGUUUCCAGUAUUGGCAUCUGUUUAAGGAUAAGGCUAUGUAUUAAUAUAUGGACAUAUGCAAACAGAGGGAAAUAAAUAACGUUGACUGAUGCAUGGAUUUAGGGUGUAUUAUCAAGUAUACACUCGGGUAACAGUGUUACAAGUGUUACACUAUCUUUAUUUAGAGUUAGGGUUAGUGUGUGUAACACUAUGUAACACGGUGGGGGUAGGGUUAGUGUGUGUAACACUAUGUAACACGGUGGGGUUGGGGGUAGGGUUAGUGUGUGUAACACUAUGUAACACGGUGGGGGUAGGGUUAGUGUGUGUAACACUAUGUAACACUGUCAACACUCUGUAGCACUAUGUAGCACUGUGUAACACUGUGUAACACUAUGUACAGUAACAUUGUGUAACACUAUGUAAGAAUAUGUAACAUUGUUUAACACUGUGUAACACUUGUAACAGUGUUUCAACUGAGUGCCAUUGAUAAUAAAACCACCCUAAAUCGUGCAUAGUAUAAUCAAUGUUAUUUAAUUCUGUUCAACACUUCACUGUACUUCAUGACAAAAACAUACUUUGUAGAUGAGGUUUUAGAAAAGAUUGAUUAUUUUCUGUUCUUAGUAUAAUAUAUAUAUACAAAUUAAUAAAUAUGUAGUAAAAUAAUUAUACCUACAGUACACAUCAACCCAGUUAAUUUAAUUUUAAAUUAAAUUAAGCUUUGUUUUUUGGUUUUGCAAAAUAUUUAUUGCAUGUUUUGUCGCCUGUUAUCCAACAUGGCAGCCAACACUUCCACUUGUAUGGAGUGAAUAUGUUAAACCGAUACGUAAAUGGGUACCGCGCCUCAAGAAAUUUCUUGUAUUCCUUGGGAAUUGCCACAGGCAUGCCUGCAAAGUCAAUCUUCUUUGUCGGUACAACCCAAGACAGUGGCACAGUUUCACGGCUGUGUUCAAGUUUCACAAAUAUAUUAUCAGUGUCUGUUAUCCAUUUUGGAUAAUAGCUUUUGAGUACUUUUUGUUGAACUCCAUUAAAUAUGCCGUCCGUCACAGUCCAUCUGUAAUAGUCGAGUUGGGUGCGGUUAACUUGUGCUACAAGGCCAUUACGAUGGAUACCGUAAUUUGCAAACUCUGCGUUCAUUUCCAAAGGAUUAAAUUCUAUGUGGUAAACGCUGGAUAUGUC